AAAAGGGUUUGAACUCAUCCAGCUUUUUUUGCCAUAAGAAAUCUGAAUUGUUGGAGAUUCCGUUUUUACCCGAUUUGACGGAUUUCGUAGAUCCUCGGUUCUUCGGGUCGACCCGUAAUGAGUAUCUUCAUCUUCUUCCCGUGCCGAUGAGACUUGUGAGCUUGCAAGUCGUCGUCUUUGCUUGUCGGCGUUGCUCCCCAGAUUGAUCGUAGAGUGAAGAUGAGAAGAUAUCUAAUGGAAAGGGUUUUGAUGGAUAAUGGGUUUCUCAUUCUCAGUCUGAUUUUGUCUCUUCAUCCCCUAAUCUCCUUUUCUUUUGGUGCAGAGAAGCCGAAUGGAGUAUGCAUUUCUAAAGGAGGACGCUUUCCGCCGUAUGAAUCGGAAGGAAAGGUUCCUAAAGCUGUUGGCCGUGGAUCUAAGGGCCUCAAUUUGUGCAGGGUCUACCGUAGAAGGACAUGUUGCUCGGCUGCACAAGCUCAUCCAGCUUUCUUAGCCAUAAGAAAUCUGGCUUCUUAUGGAGAAGCUAGCCAAGAUUGCCUUCAUCUGUACGAAUUGUUGGAGUGUUCGAUCUGCGAUCCAACCGUUGGCAUUCAGCCGGGGCCUCCUCGUAUCUGUGCCUCUUUUUGUGACAGAGUCUUUCAAGCUUGCUCAGAAGCUUACUUUGGCGGUAACACCAUUAAUCGGGUAAUAAGCCCGUGCGGAGUGAACGAUGACAUAAUCUGCAGUAAGGCAUCCAAGUGGGAGACUAAUGGCACUGCAUUCUGCGAAGCCGCAGGCUUUGCAGUCCAAACAGUUGAUGAUGAUGGUGAUUCCAAAGAAGAAACAUGUUACGGAAGCAAAACAAGUCUAGAUUCCGUGGUGGAGUCGUGGAGGAAAGGUUCUCGGGCAGAAUCAUCGCAAAAGACCGAGCCUUUUUCACCCUUUGGACGUCUUUUGCGGUGGUUUGAAGAUAUGUCACCGGUCGGAAAGAUCACUUGCGUGGUCAUACUUCUGGUUCUUUCGGGCAGAGUAUCAUUCUUCAUGAGGAGGAGGAGGAGACAUAAUCAGUGGCAGAGGCUGGCUGCCGACCGGAGGGGGGGAAGAAGAUUGGGAGGGAAUUCAGACAGGAAUCUGAGAUAGCAGGCAGCCAGAUGCUGUAUUGUUCUUAAGCAUAACAUUUACAACAUGAACAGGCUCAUGGUAAAAAAGCAUGGAAUGACUCUCUACGGGCUAAUAUAGUUGCAGGGUCAUCAAAUGGGGAAUUAGUGACCAAUGGGUUUUUUUUAGAGUAUCAACACUUCUUGAGUGAAAGAUUUUAGAGCAUUUGGUGUAAACGGAAUUUUCUUUUAUCCUCUCUUUUCUGUUUUUCUUGCCUGAAAAUUUGGGAUUUCACUUUCAA